UGAGCAGAUGAAUAUGAGUGUACAUUUGACAUUUAAAUUAGUAAAAAUCUAUACAAAUAAAUGUAGCAUUGCAAAUUGUUCAUCCUGUGCAAACUUAAACAGAUGAUCAUGACAAACUCUUCACAGGUUUCAUAUUUUACUUUGGCUGCUUACUCUGAUAUUGGGCUCUUUAAAUACUUCAUUUUCAUGAUUGUUAUGUUAUUAUAUAUUUUAAUUGUUUGUGCCAAUCUUUUGCUCAUUGUGAUUAUCUGUAUGAACAGAAGCUUACAUGAACCUAUGUACAUAUUUCUGUGCAGCCUGUUUGUAAAUGAACUGUAUGGUAGUACAGGGUUGUUUCCAAUGCUUCUGGUUCAGAUUCUCUCUGACAUUCAUAUUAUUUCUGCUCCCUUUUGUUAUGUGCAGAUUUUCUGUUUGUAUACUUAUGUAAAUGUACAGUUUUAUAGUUUAGCAGUCAUGUCUUAUGACAGAUAUCUUGCUAUUUGUUAUCCUCUACAAUAUAACACACGUAUGACAUCUAAUAAGGUAGCCGUGCUUAUUGCUCUAUCAUGGUUUUUCCCUCUUCUUGCGAUUGUUGUCAUGAUAUCAUUAAAUACCUCUUUACAGCUGUGCGGUCACAUUAUUAACAGACUGUACUGUGACAAUUACUCUAUUGUGAAAUUAGCAUGCUAUGACAAUACAGUCAAUAAUGUGUAUGGAUUAAUUUACACUUUCACUGUAUUAUUUGGUCUUACAGUACUUAUCUUGUACACUUACAUUAGGAUUCUUCGAGUUUGUUUUUCUGGUUCCAAACAGACCAGACAGAAAGCUGUCAGUACCUGCACACCUCACCUCGCUUCUCUGCUUAACUUUUCCUGUGGCUGUUUCCUUGAAAUAGUGCAGAGCAGAUUGAAUAUGAGCAAUGCACCGGUUAUACUGCGCAUUUUUUUAUCUUUAUACUUUCUGAUUUGCCAGCCGCUGUACAACCCACUUCUAUAUGGACUGAAUUUGACAAAAAUCCACAUAAUCUGUAAAAAUAUUUUAUUUGGUGAAAUGUAACGUAUUGUUGUUGAAAGUUACAUACCGGUAGUUUCUUUUUCUUCCAUUGUGUUGAAAUCUAAAAUGUUAUGACUGUUUAUUGUUUCCCUACAUUAUGAUAUUGUGAAAGCAACAGCUUCACCAACUUGAAAAAAAAAGCAAAAAUGUGUUUUGAUGUAACCAAAGUUGACAAUAAAGUUGUUCUUAAUACUA